AUGUCCUGCCGACUUUCCAAUGGGUCCAGGCGGAUCUGCUCGAAAGCCAGCCCCACCCGGCUGUCCAGGGUAGGCUCUGGCUUCAGGGCUGUGGGCACGUGCAUCACCUCAGGAGCAGAAAGCUUUGCUUGCACACUUGGGGGCGUUUCUUCUGGAGGAAGCUCCUGCCAUGGGGGUGGAGGGUCUGGAAGCAGCAUCUGCACUGGUUUUCUCGGAAAUGAUCAGGGCCUGCUGUCCGGCAAUGAGAAAGUGACCAUGCAGAACCUCAAUGACCGCCUGGCCUCCUACCUGGUUCAUGUGCAUGCGCUAGAGGAGGCCAACGCAGAGAUGGAGCAGAAGAUCGCCAGCUGGUAUGACAGGUACGGGCCUGAGCGGUUCCCAGGGCUCAGUCACGACUACACCAGAUACUUCUCGGCCAUUGAGGAUCUGAAAAAACAGAUUAUUUCCGUGACCGCCUGUAAUGCCAGCAUUGUUCUCCAAAGCGACAAUGCCAGGCUGACUGCUGAUGACUUCAAGCUGAAGUAUGAAAACGAGCUCAGUUUGCACCAGAUCAUGGAAGCCGACAUCAGCAAUCUUCGCAGGGUGCUGGAGGAGCUGACCCUCUCUAUCACCGACCUGGAGGUGCAGUGUGGCAGCCUCGGGGAGGAGCUGACCUACCUCCAGAAGAACCACGAGGAGGAAACCAAAGCUCUGCAAUGUGCAGCAGGAGGGAACGUGAAUGUGGAGGUGAACGCAGCCCCCGGCGUGGACCUCACUGCUCUGCUGAACAACAUGCGGGCCGAGUAUGAGGACCUGGCUGAGCAGAACCGCCAGGACGCGGAGGCCUGCUUCCAUGAGAAGAGUGCGUCUCUGCAGCAACAGAUUUUGGAUGAGGCAGGUGCAGCCACAGCAGCUAGAAAUCAGCUGAUGGAACAGAAACGCAGUCUGCAAAUCCUGGAAAUAGAACUCCAGUCCCUCCUCGCUAUGAAACAAUCCUAUGAACAUACAUUGGCUGAGACUGAAGGAAAUUACUGCAUUCAACUCCAGCAAAUCCAGGAUCACAUCGGGACGAUGGAGGAACAAUUGCAACAGAUUCGAACAGAAACGGAAGGCCAGAAGCUGGAGUAUGAACAGCUCCUUGAUAUCAAAAUGCUUUUGGAAAAAGAAAUUGAAACAUAUUGCAACUUACUAGAUGGGGAAGAAGGUAGAAGCAGAUCCACAUGUUACAAGUCUAAAGGACCCAGGCUUGUAAAUUCUGGAAAUCAAGUCAAAGACUUAACAGAAGAAAUCUUUGUCAAAGCAAUGGUGGAAGAACUGGACCAGCUUGGCAAUGUCCUCUCCCUGAGAGUCCACUCGGUGGAAGAAAAAUCCUCUAAAAUAAGCAACAUCACCAUGGAGCAGCGGGUUCCCGCUAAAGCACCCUAAGGAGGGAGAGUGAUUUACUAACAAACAAACAAACAACUGCCUUUGCAAAAUCCCACUGGUCAAAUAACCCCAAAAUUACUCCUUAGAAUUGUCCUAAAAUUUGGUUUCUUUUUCUUCCUCAUUCUUUUCCAUGUAAUUCUUUUCAAAAGAAGAAAAAAUC